AAUAUGUCACGUAUUGGAGCGUAAAGAACAAACCCAUGUAUAAGGAAUACAGAUAGUUAUUCUUAGAAGACUUAUUUAUUGUCAGUCUUGGUAAUUGUAUAUAUUUCCUCAAAGGAGACUAAAUGAAAGACAGAACUGCAGUUUUAGAACGAUGAUGUUUGGUCAACAGGAUUGUCUUUUCCAAGCUGUAUUUUUGUUGUUUGUUAUGUUUUCGGACAUUCCAGCUGCACCUAUUCUAUCAAUGGAGGAAUUAGUCGAUGGUUUUCGUCGACAACAGAUGGUAAUGUCGAGUACUAUGAUAAACGCAAGUCAAAGUUUAGGACUUCCUGACAGGUUGGCUGAGGCAGAGGUGGAGGAAGCAGAGGAACGAAGUACUCAAGCUUUCAGAAGAAAAAACGAGGCCAAAACUCCGUUUAUAGCCACAAGCUCGCGCCUUGGUUUAGGAUACAUAUGCAGAGGAUAUGAUAUAUACAAAGGAAACCCAGUGAGUGACGAAGGAGAAGUUGACCAGGGAUUUCGUCUUCCGGUCUUAGAUUUGCCAUUUAACUUCCGUUUUACUGCAGACGGCGAAUACAGAAUUCCAGACAACGUUGACGUUAUUUCUGAGACAAGUGCGUCGUUCGGAUCGUCGUAUCAUCAAGUUAAAACUGAAACAGAUUACCAAAGCAUGCUGCAGGUCGACGUGUCAGUCCAUGCAGAAGCCAGUGGUUUUGGUUUCAGUGGAAGUUUUAUGGCCAGCACUUCUUACCAAAAAACAGUAAAAGAAAUGACAAAAGGAGAAACAACGACCUUAGAUAUUGUUGGUAGAGCUAAUGUUUACAAAGCUAGAUUGUCUUCAGCUGGAACAAUGUCCAAACUGAGUGAUUUUCUGGAAGACAACAUCAGAGCCUUGCCGAGUGAGAAUUGUGAAGAAGAUGCAAUACAGCAGAGGUAUAUUCAACUAGUUGAACAAUUCGGAACUCAUUACACAACUGAGGUUGUUAUGGGAGCAAAAGCGGUACAAGAAUUCAGAUUCAAAAAUUCUGAUCUAGAUAGAUUUCAAUCUGUUGGCCUCUCGGUAAAGGCUGCAGCUGAGCUUUCUACUCCUUUUGGAGUAAGUGGAGGGUUUAGUGUUGGUGUUACCAAUAAUCAAGAAAUGAGGGAAAUGGUAUCAAACACGGAAAAGGAGCAAAGAGAAUAUUAUAUUGGUGGGAGUCCUCCAUCCGGGGACUUCACUUUAGGAUCAACAGAAAGUUUAAGAGAAUGGGCGAGAUCUGCAGCUGAAAAUCCAGCGCCUAUACAAUAUAAACUGUCAUCAAUUGAUGCACUUAUUAAACCAGAGUACUUUAAAAGACCUAUUUCGGAACUGUAUGAAAGAAGAAAAUGUUUACGUAAAGCACUUUUUAUGUACUGUACGAGGACGAUAGAAGCAAACCACUGUGGUCUUUUAUCAGAAUCAUAUGGAACCACCAAUUCUUUCAAGUUUGGUGAUUUUGUAAAAUUCAGAAAUGGCGCUUCAUUUUUGGCACUAUCGCAACAUUAUGGAAUAUCACCAGGACUGACAAUCAAGCCAUUGACUACAGUUUCUGCAAUAACAAACUACGACGGAUUAUUCCAAAUGGUUCCACCUGAGGGUAUCAACAAAUUAGGAAUAAAUGUUCAUUAUGGAGAGCCAUUUCUCCUGAAGACGAUAGAGGGCGAUAUGUUGCAUAUGGGAAAAGCGAUGAUUUUGAAUACAGAUAUGCCGGCAGAAGCAAGAUUACUAGAUGUCUUAACUAAUAAAGACGAAGCAAGGUCAGUCAACAUUAGCCACAGUCAAAUAACUGACUUCUCCAUUUUCCUUAAAAGGACAAAAGCUUGUUCGUACGUAAUAUUUUUGUAUUACUACUGUUAUUUGCGAGAAACUCCCACUUUCCAAGUACAAAUGAUGGGAAAGGAAGGAACACUCAGCGGUUUUGUGAAAAUUAACUGUACAUGUUCCAAGCAUAGAUGUGGUGGAUAUUGGUUCCAUGGUAUUAUCAUCGAUUAUGACAUAGGAUAUAUAAGCUCAGUAAGAAUUAUGGGUCUUUAUGGAGCAACGACAGACAGAAUAAAUAAACUAAGAAUUAAAAAUUUCAUAAAUGGUGUAAAAAGAGAACUCAGCUGGAACCUGGGUCACUGCAGCGGUCGUGUAUUCGAAAUCAGAACAAGUCUCUCGAGAAGAACAGUACAAACUGAUUUAGACUUAUAUCCAGUUCAGUUCACAUUCCACAGUACAGAUAAGGCUAACUUACAAGGACAACCUGUAAAAUUGGGCGACACUGGUUUUAUUCAUGUUUUAUCAUCAAUGCCAAGAAAAUCUUUCUGGGACCAGGGAAUUACACAGUUAAUGAGUGUACAAAAUAUGGGUAAAGUAGGAAUUAAAGAAAUAGGACCAGGGUCACAUCAACCUAUUUCAACAGUUUGUAGUGGUUUUAUAUAUCCCAGCCCUUCAGAUUUUAGCCAUCGUCAUGACUUUUCUGAUCGUAUCUUAAUUUCGUUUGAUGUCAACGUCAUGGUUAACUAUGUUGAGAUAGAAUCUGACUCUGAAAUUAACACUACUGACUUUAAUAUUCAAUAUGUAAAUGAGGAAAACGAAGCAUUCAUGGAUAUACAUGAUCUUGAAAGAACAGUGACUAAUAACACACUGAAUCUGACAUUGAAAUCGCCGAUGUACACUACUGCUAUUAAUGUUUAUUAUACCAAGGACAUUCCUGACGACACAAACAUAACUCAGAUUAUCACAAUGAUCGUUGUGAGUGGCUGUCCCAAGGCAGCUAUAGAUACCGACAAUACAAAUACCAGUAAACAAGAAUGGAAAGUAACACUCAGCGAAAAUCUGAUUCAAAAAUCCCCCUAUCUCAAGGUGAUCACGAGGUCGAGUAACACUAUAGAUCCGGUAGAGUUAUUUAAGCGGACCGAAUUACCCGUUUCGGGAUCAUUUUCGAUAACGGUUCCUUUAUUGGAAAGCCAAUUCGAUUGUAAUUUUACUGCAGAAUCUUUACAAAGUUAUCUAGAAAAGGCAAGCAGUGUCUCGGAACUGAAAUUUGAAAAUUUAAAACUUACAAGAAGAUCUCAUAAUAACGGAGAAGAAGUACUUGUUUCGGUGAAUUUAAUAGGUAUCAACCUCAUUGAAUAUAACCAAGGAUUUAUGUCAUUGAACAGCACCGUGAAGUCAGCAAUUAAAAGUAUGACCUGUAACACUGACACUGGUCAAACGUUACCACCACAAAGCGAAUCAUCCAAAAUUACAAAUCAAUCGUCUUCAUCUUCAACAUCUACUGGCAGCAUCGUUGGCUUCACUAUUAUAAGUCUUCUCCUUUUUACCAUCUUGCUGUUUUUAGUUUGUAAAACAUACCGAGAAUCAACCGAUAAGAAAGGAAUAAUACGACGAGAAUACAUUGAACAGCCACACGUAAAUAGAAGUUACAACGAGUAUGACACUGAAGAUGCUAGCAAUGAACACGAGCUUUAUAUAAAUGAACAAAGAUGAGGAGAGAAUCUUAUAUACUGUUAUGUAAUAACAUAUUAUUGUAUAAAUGUAACUUAUCUAUUUCUCUCGUCCUUGCUAUUCUUAUUGAAUGAACUAAUCUUCCUAACCAUGCUAAAAAAGUACAAGUAUAAACGCAUUUCCCUGUUAUUUAUAUUUUGCUUUAAAAUAAUCGACCUGAAAGUAUUUUUAUGUUGUUUUUUUAAAUUUUAUUCACGAAAUUACCUUGGUAGUUUAAAGUCUAUAAUACUGAGCAUAUAUUUUAUGCCACAGUACGAAUGGGAUAUUAGUAGGACCCAGAAUCCUAUUUGUAUAUCUUAAAAUAAAUUGGUUCUGUUAUUUUGUUAAGUAAUAAUUAGAACACACCCGCGACAUCGCGGAUCCGUGACCGAAUUAAAGUACCUACGCCUAAUUUUAGUAUUUUUUAGUAUUUGUAUUGUCAUCUGAUAAAGUCAUGCUGAUUAUAAGGUGCACAGUUGUCGCUGCUUUCAAAAUCUUUCUUUUGGUAAUAUAAAUUAUGUUGAAAACAAAAGGGUCUGGAAUGGUGUAAGUUUUAAUCUACACCAUUGUCGUAUAUUAGUUAUAUAUAAAGUUGAAUUCUUUGAUUCGUCGUUUUUACUUCAUGUCAUCUAACAAAUUGGACCUCGUUAUUUUAGUAGUGUAGAUACGACAUGAAUAAUACGCACAUUUUCUUGCAAAGUUAAAGGACUGAACCCAAAUGUCAGUAAGGAUCCUUUUUUACAUUCAUAUAUUGUAGUUUUCGAGAACGACGAGAAGUCAAUCGAGUAUAUAAUCUUCUGUAUAAUGAUUUUGUAAUACAUGUAACAUUAACGGUAUCAAUCGUGUUGCAGCAGAUGUGUAUUUCGACAAAUGAUCGCCAAAAUCUGUAUAGUUUUCAGUAACUCUGGGUAAUAGGUGAACUUUGGUAUAUGGAAUUAUUGGAGGGUAAACAUAUCUGUCAGACAGGGUUCACCUGAACUUAACAAUAUUUCAUCGUUCCAGUGAUCAACGUUAAGUCUUUUAGUGAUAAAAUUAGUUUCCCGGAAACUAUAUUGUGAAACUGUAUUCGUUGUAUAGAAUUCAUCUGAAUCUGUCAGUGACAUGUAUCAUUGAUAAUUUUACGUUUUAGUGAUAAAUAUAAUAGGACCUUGAUCUCAGCUUUUUGCUAUAAAAUUAAAUCAAAUCAGUAAUGCAGGCGAGACAUACCAGUGUAUGAUAAGUUUAGAAUGGUAAAUAAUAUAUUGAAUUGGUGUUUCGUUUCGGAUGUCCUACCUUUACCCCUGGAUAAUUGGAUUUAAUGAAAAAUGUACAUUCUUACGGCUGUAGAUACUGAACUUAUUUUUUGUUCAUAAGUCUACAUGGUGACACAGAUAGAUUUCUCGUUUUUUUCCCGGUUGACAUAGUUUUUACGACACUUACAAAGUCCUUUCUCCCUUUCAUAGGGGGGUUCAUGUCGUCUCGGCACAUCUACUUGCAGCUCUAUCUUUUAUUGAUGUUGGUUCCUAAUAAUCAUGAUGAUUUUUCAAUUUCUGGAAGUACACCACUUAUUCAUGGCCCCAUUGCUUUCUAUGUUAAAUUCUUCAAUUUCAAGCGGACACAGCUCUUUUGUUUCAAGUUCAAAUAAAGUGACAAUCAUUGCAUGUCAAAGCAACACUUUAUGGUGCCUUGUACUGGAAAAAUCAACAUACCUUUAAUGGCAUAUAAGAAAGAACUGGUUCCCGGAACUUCGGAUGUACCAAAACAGGUACUUCAGAUCUGAUAUACAGACAAAAAGUACCCUCUUUAUAAAAUUUGGUGCAGUUUUUUUAAUAUUCAAAAUUAUAAGUCAAAAAGUGUUCUACAAUGAUCACCAGUCAUUCAGCUUUCAUUUGAUACCAACAAUACCUAAAUAUUCUACAUAUUUUGAAAGUUACACUCAUGCGUAGGAACUAUUUUGUGUUAAAUAUGUACUACUUUCUGGAAUGUGCUUUCUGGCCGGGCCGAAUUAGUGGUGUUACACCUUCUAACUUUUUUUAGUAUUAAAACGCAUCAAAAAUCAUUUCAAAAAAAAUAUUUCCCAUUUCUAGAGUUGUUUUUGUGUAUCAAAAUACUUAGAGCAACAAAACUACCUACUGUAGCCUUUUUUCUGCUAUAAUAUUUUUUUAAUUAUUUAAAGCACUAAGGGUUUUCAAUACCCAGGCAUAGAUUGUUCAAGCCUUAUUUUUGGAUUUUUUAUCUACAAUGCUCUUCAACUUCAUAUACGAUAGAUCUUCCAACUGUUUUGAUUCGAGUGUCGCUGAUGAGUUUAUGUAGUCGAAAUACGCGUCUAGGCGUGACAUAUUAAUAGUCUGGUAACUUUGAUAAUUUUUACAACCUUUGGAUAGUUGACAAUGCUUUUUGGAAGUUUCUUCCCCGAUAGUUUAACCUGUAGUCAGCACUUCUUUUUUACAUGACGAACUCAAUGUUCCAUUGAUUUUUGUUAAUUUUCUGUUGAUAAAAUUAUUUGAAGUACUAAGAUUUUGCUACAGCAAUAAAUUAAAUUGUUUUAGCCACAUUUUCGGAAA